AUGGCUUCCCCAACUCCGCCAGAAGCUAACUCCGACUUCGAUUUCGAUGAAGUCUUCGAAAGGUUCGGUCCGCUUGACAACAUGGACGCUUUCAUCGACUCUCAGUUUGCAUACGCCCUAGAAGGCGAAGAGGAUGGCGGGGCUCAGGUGUUUGGGAGCAAAAUGGAUGUUCAAAACAUGGAAUCUGGCUAUGCGGCUACGUUGCAGAGCUUCACGUUUGGAACCGAAACGCAAUUAAACUUGAACAGUAAAAUUUCAUUAUCUUCGCCUCAAGAACAUUUGGAAAGUCAUUCGGUGUGUCCUUACUGUCGACAAAGUUUAGAACCAGAAGAUCCUGAGGAUAUUUGUGUUGCAGCACAUCCAGUCGGCGAUGUAAACAAGAUCGAUGAGGAAGCCAAAGCUGAUGAGAUGAUGAACCGACGUGCGAUUCACGAUGGGGUUGAAGGAACAGGUAAGCUCCACAAAUAUGCUCAAUAUAUCUAGUUAUUUGUUUUUGUUUAGUCCUUAAUUGCAUAUCACUCUAUUACGGUAGGGGUUUAAUCUGUGGGCAAAUGCGAGCGAUAAGCCUACUAAUAUAUGUGAUCAAUAGACUCUCUAUUUGUUUUGACUUGAACGCCCGAUAUUUUAGUAACGUCAUCCUGUGCUUUUUGCCCUUAAAAUAACAAUUCCGGAAUUUUUAUUGAAAAGAUGAGGUUCAUUUUUAAUGUUUUGCACUUUAAGCUGUUUGUGUUUGAGGUAUUCUACCAUCUUAAAAUCAUUUAUCUUUGCUCUUAAUUGUUUUGCUUCCAAAUGGUUUAGCAAGGAAGUGUCAAACAAAGCGUUUUAGAUAUUUGGUUACCAUUUAAAUAUGUAAUCAGACGGAAGAUGCGUGAAUUUGUUUAUUCUCAUUCACACAUUUUUGAUGAAACCGGUGUACUGAGAUCAUACAGCGUUAGACUUCAUUCAUUUGUUGCUAAGGAAAUGAAGAAACAAAGUUGUGAUUCGAAAGGAAAUGCCAAAUUUGCUACGGGAAUCCACCCGGCUGUUAAAAUUAAGUGCUGUCAAACGUCUGUAACCUCUGAUUGGUGAUUUUUGUUCCCUCAGACAAAUUGGUAACCACAGAUCUUAUGUGACGUCAAUUCAUUCAAAGAUAGCGGAAAUUAGCUUAUCAUACACGCCAUCAUCUUUUUUGUUUUUCUGGUUUAACAACCAGUUUUUUUGGACAGUUGGGAAAGUCAGAGCACCAUUGAGAGAUCAGUGAUUACUUCUAAGUAGCUGCUAAGUGGGAAAUGAAAGUAAAUGAGGGUAUAGUAAGGGUAUGAGGAUAUCCAGUUCAUGCUGUGAAUUGAGUCAAUUCAAACACAAAUAAAAGUUAUGUAUAGAUAGUCUCUGGAACAGAAGUCUGUGAUUUAUCUGAUCUUCAAAGAGAAAUUGAAAACAAUUUAAUGCAUAGAGCAUACUGACUAGCUUUGUCAAUGAAAACAAAGUUGCAAAAGAGGAAAAUUUUUUUAUUUCUUAACCCUUUUCACCUUAACAUCACCAUGCAUAUUCUCUGCACUGCUCUCUAUACAUUUCCUAAGGUAUUGACAAGGAGAAUUUGUUUAACAAUCAAGAGCUUCUUUCAUUGGUGAUCAUUUCCUUUAUUCUUGUGACCUUAAUGUUUGAUUCAGGGGUGAUAUUGUAAGGAGAAAUUAGAUGUUAGUCAUUUUUAGGGGUUAAAAGGUCAAAUGAGAAUUUACAAUGAGUCUUUCACCUAUAAAACCAAGAAUUACCUUAUUAGUGGAAUCAACAUGUCCCAGCUAAUGCCAAAAGUGUAAUGAAUCAUUGUUAUUUAAUUGUUAACAGGAGACGCAAUUGACCCAAGGAAAUCUGUGGUAACAGAAUUAAAGCUGGCAGAAAUAAGCGAAGAUGUAGGAACUUGUUGGCGUCAGUUAGGACCUAAACUUGACAUUGCAGCAGCUAAGAUUCAAAAUCUGGAUGAAGAGUACAAAUUUAAUCGAGACAAAGCCAAUGCCCUUCUUCUUAUUUGGGAACAGAAAGAAGGAAAAGGUGCAAUGGCUGGAAUUCUUGCUGAUGCUUUGGAGAGUAUUGGAAGAAAAAGCAUUGCAGAAAAACUGCUUGGUGAGUGGGUAUCCUGUGUAAGAUUAGUGUGUGUCUUUUGCAAGAUAAAUGGGUUGUAGAUGCAUGUAUGAUAAUGUCUGUUUUUACUUUGUUAAUGUAAUUAUCCUGAGUUAUGUAAAGGCUUGUAAAAUUUUCAUUGUUUGUACCUUAAAUGGAUCAUUGUGAGAAUCAAAAAACAUUGGCAAUACACUUAACCCUUUAACCCCCAGAUCAAAUUUGUCAUUCUCCUUACUGUCAACCAUACAAUUCUUAUGAUGUUAGUUCAGAGAAUUUAAUAUUGGAUCAACUAAUUAUCCCCAAAUUGACAUUUUUCUUUAUUCUCGUCACUUAACUGGUUGACAUUGUAUCAAUAUUGUAAGGAGAAAUUCUUUCCUAGUCAUUCAUGGGAGUUACAGGGUUAAAUCAUGUCAUGAUGAUAUCUAAGGGCAUAAUACAUGUACGUGUAGCUACAGUGUAAAGGUUUUGAAAUUUUUAAGGUGAAUAGUUUCUCACAUGCAACUGAGUUUGAUGCUGAAGGAACAUUUUUCAUGAAAAUGAAAUUGUAAGGUUGUGCUAAACGUUUUCCUCUUAACCCUUUAAACCCUAAGAGUGACUCGCAUCUAAUUUCUCCCUACAAUAAAAUUACAUUAUCACUCCUGAUUCACCCAUUAAAGUCAUGAGAAUGAAGGAAAUGAUUUCCAACAAAAGAAGCGUUUGAUCAGUAAACAAAAUCUCCUUGUCAGCAUCUUAGGAAAUGUAGAAAGAAUGUGGAGAAUAUGCAUAAUGAUAUUAGGGUGUAAAGGGUUGAUAAGAUCCAUCGCUCUUUGUUGGACAGUGCAAGGCUUUUGAUUUUAAAGGGAGAACUAAACUGAAAAUUACUGUGCAAGAUCAAUAACCUCUUGAUCCUCUUUUUUCAAGUUAUUUUUUUCUGAUUAGAAUUUUCACCAAUUUUUGUUUGAAAUUCAAAACAGCUGUUGAUUAUUAUUGUGAUAAAUUUUUCUUUACAGGAGGGAGUGAAGUAAACACUUGUGUAUCAGUUGUCGAGGGUCAUUCCAUCAGUUUAACAGUCAGAUUUGAUUUUGAUGCUGAACUGGACAAUAAGGUUAGUAGUUGGAUUAAGAUCACAGGCUCUGUGUGAAAGUAACCCUACUUUGGAAUUUGCACUAGAAAAACUAACGAUGUAUACCCCUGCUGUAACAAAUACAGAUAGGUUUGUUAUAAAGAGAUCUGACAACAGGGUCGCCAUUAGAAAGUGGUGCCAGAUUUGGAAAUGUGUCUACAAAUCUCAUGAUAGAAUACCGUUAAACCUUUUUUGUGGUAUUUUUUACAGCUUAUGCUGUGUGAAGAUGCGCAAGGCAACAAAUUCAUGCUGAAAGCUCUCACCAGCAGUGACAAAUUUUGGGAUACAGAAGAGGUAAUAUCUGUUUUGAGUGGAAAAGUUUACUACAAGUCAUGCACUUACCAGAAUAUCUUUUGACAUAUGUGUGGUUAACAUUUAUAUUUUUAACAUGAAGUCAGUUAUUUACUGGUAGCUAUGAUUUGAGCUCAAAUCAUGAAGGGAAUUAUGAAAUGUUAAAGUUAUUUGAAGUUUAAGUCUUCAGAGGCUGAAAGAAAUCCCUUAAAGAUUGAAAAUUAUGGCAGAAAUUUAUAGUUAAUGUUUUUCCUACAAGUUAAGUUAUGUUCACCUUGUCAUUAUGUUCAACUAGAUUCAGGGCAGAGGAGGAUUUUAUGUGGAAAAAUAUUUUAUUAGGAAAAUGAAACUAGCCCAGAUAAAGAAAAAAUUCCAUACUGUGCUUGGACAAUAGGUUCCUGUUGGUGAUGGUGAAAUGGUAUUGAAAAUAAUUAGAAGGGACAAGGACACUGAUUGAUUAGUUAGUCAAUUGGGGCCACUUAUUUAAACAAAGUUUUGGGUUGUUUAACAGAACCAUGUUCUAAGCCAUCUGCAGGUUAGCCAAACUUUGUAUAUGAAAAUUUAUCUAGUUUAUGCACAAGAGGGCUGAAAGCUUACUGGGAAAAAAGAAUUAUUUGAUUAAAUCAGCCCUCUUAGAGAGAGUUGAUUGUUCUCUUUGCAGAUUCUUAGAAAUAAAAGGUUUUUGGAGAAUGUUGCUGUAGCUGCACAGGAAAUGGCAAAAACAACAGAGCAAAGAAGGCAAGAGAGUUUAAAACGUAUUUCGUCAGAAGUUCAAGAACUGAGGCAGAAACUGAAGAAAGUAAAACUUGAUUGUGGGGAUGGUGAUCCAAAUGAUGGCUGUAAUUACUGCUCUGUAGAUGUAGCCCAGCCUAUAUGUGAUUCAUUUGAAGAUUCAGCUCAGGAGAAGUGUCAUUUGCAAGAUGAAAGUGUGGAACAGAUGAUACAGUCAUGUGUAGAGCAGCGCAAUCUUUGUCAAGGCAUCUUUGAUGCUCUGAUUAAGUUAGUUAGUGAGGUUGGACAGCCCAGGGAGGACAGUGCUAAGUGUAUUGGACAGCUUUGUGAUUUUACCAAAGAGCUAAGGGAUCAGGAGAAGACACUUUUCUCCAAAAUUGAGUUUGUUCAUAACCAGCAUCUAGAUAAAAAUCAAGUCAUUCGAAUAGAAAAAUUACAAAAAUGGAAGAGAGCACAGAAGGAACAAGUGGAAGGAGUUGAAAAGCUGUUGUCAAAUGUGCUCCAACAAGGAAGUAUGGACAGAAGACAAUCCUAUGGGAAAAUGGAACGUCAGGUAAUUCAAGUCACUCAGUCUCUCAUGUAGAAAGAUUUUGUCGGGUUUUUGAAGGAUUUUUUUCCCUUAACUUUGAGGUAAAUAUUUUGGGUUUAUCUGAGAGCUGUUGGCUGGAGUAUCUUUAAGGUUGUUGUUUUCUGUCAGUUGAAGAGAACAAUUGGCUCGGAAAGUGAAGGUUGUGUUCCAGAGACAUCCAGCCACUCUGCCAGCAUAUUUUCAUGACUGAGGGCAGUUGACUGCAGAGGAAAGUUUAUGUCAACACAAAGUCCAUUAUCUUCUGGGUAACUGGGUUGAACUUAAAACCACAAGUAAAAUGAUUUCAUAAACUUUCCUUUGCAGUCAACUUAACAACUUGUUCUACUACCACAGGGCUUCACUGUUAUUAUGUAUGUUGACAUUAUGCUCUUCUGCAAAAGGGAUAACUAGAAUGAUUUUGAAUAGGAAAUGGCAAUUGAUAGUGUCCAAAAGGCUCAGAGGAAUACUUUUCUAAAAUUUAUUAUUUACAUUUCUUACAUGUAAACACUUAAACUACAUUACUUACUGGAGACUACUGGCUAUAUGUUGUUUGAGAAACCCUAACUAACUAACUAACUAACCCUAACUGAGUAGUAUGUGUUUGAUCUUGGAGAGGAAUGUGCUGAUCAAUUCAAGGCUUGAACAUCCCUCCCUUUCCCCCAGCAACCCACAGGCAUUUGACUGUCAUCUACGCUGGGGGUGGGGAAUUUGAACCCUGCCUGGGUGGGGUGGGGGAAAUUUGAACCAGAACUGUUAAGUCUUUUAAGCAGAACACAUGUUUUAUCUUUUCAUAUGAAGGUGUUUUAAGGUAAAGAGUUCAUAAUUAAAAAAAAAAAGGGGAAUGAUUGAUUCACUUUCACCUUCAUAAACAGAUGGAGAAAGAGAGAGAGAAAAUGAGCUCUAAAAAAAAUUACAGUUGCUAAUCUUGCCUUUAAAAACAAUUGAUUGUUAAGUCCAGCACUUGGGUGGAGCAUUUAACACUAUUGUGGCUGUGGAGUCCUGACUGCUCCCUUGUUAUUCAUUAUUUAUGGAAACUUCUUCUGCCUCUCUUUUCUUAGUCAAAGUUUGAAUUUAAAAACUGACAUUUGUUUUGCUGAUUUGUCACCAUAGAAGCUUCUGAACCGCAGAUCAGAACCAAUUAUGUCCACCAAAACACCCACUGGAGAUGGAAGAAGGGUAAGAAAUGAAUGAUAGGUGAUAGCUCUGGGGCUAUGUGUGCAUGUGCAGUUUAUAUCUCAGAUAAACUGAUGGAUAGCAUUUUGCUGUGCCUCUGUUAAUAUAAAGAGAACAGAUAACUUAAAAAAAAUCUAUAGAUCUAAACAGUGGAUGGUGAGGGUUCAACUGAGCACAUGGUACAACAAGAUUUUGACAGAACUGUCUUGUGUUAUUUACAUGUACUUGUACAUCUGGAAAGACAGCAUGUGCUUAAUGGAAUUGAUUUGUUGUACACAAUAGAGAAAUUAAUUUAAAAAAUAUGAAAAAAAAAAACUUCUCUUAUAGACAGAUGUAUUUCCCUGGACAUAUCAUUUUAUUGCUUUUUUUCUAUAUUAUCUGUCUCACCAUAGUUAUAUCAGAUAUGUUCAAAUUGAGUAUUAAGCCUUAAGAUGUUACAUGAACCUCUUAAAACAAAUAGGAUAUACUUAUUGGUGGUUACCAUUUUGCAAUUACUAUCAAUGGCAAUGAUUUCAUAACUUUUUGCUGGGGACCAUUUUGUAAUUCUUUCUUUAAAUGGCCAAAAGAGGUGGGCACAUGGUGUUGGACAUGAGUUAAGUUAGCAACUGUAACUCAUGAUUUUAUUCAUUGUUGCAGAGAACAAACACUGACUCAUCAAAACAUUCAGACAAAUCACAAAGUAUGAAUGAAGUCACAGAGGAAACCAAGAAAAGUAACAUCUCCUCCCCUUGGUGUGUACAGUGCAAGUGUCACAUAGACACUGACAAGAAAUCCAAGAAGGAAAAGGUACCAAUAAUUUUUGGAUAGAUACUUAGUUUUUCCUCUUGAUUUUAAUUAUUUAUGGUUAUCAGGGGUUUCCUUUUCUAUAAGUAGCUGCCAUGCAAUAGUGGUAAUACUUGAACAAGAGCCUGCUUGCAGGUUUCAACAGAUAUCACAGCUACUGUUAAAUCUACAUUGAUGCUCUUUUGUGCCAGCAUCAUCAGACACUAGCAGAUUAGUUUGCAUUCUUCACUUACUCACAUUCUUCAAAAUUCAUUUCUUACAGAAAGAAAAUUCUCGAUUGAUUAUCUAAGGGAACUGAAAACUUUGGAGUUUGAGCUCAGAGGUUUCACCUAAAGACAAGUAUCACUGAUCCUAAAGGAAUGUAAGAUUUGCUUAUAAAGGCUACUUGAUACAUAAAAGUUGUGGUCUUUUUUGUCACCACAUACAGUCUUAAUAAUCUUACAGUUAAUUCUUUCAGCUGUGAAGUACCUAGUUUGCCUGGAAGAAAGCUAGAAUAUUUUCAUUGACAAAUACUUUUAUUUCUGCUGAUGUUUAUAAUGAUACAUGAGAAGAUGUGCAUGUAUAUUAACAAUAUUUUUGUUGCUCAGUUUAUUUCCAAAAAUAUGCUUUUUGCAUGUAAAAUUAAGAGAUUUCAGCUCAGUUCUAAGUUAUACAUAUACAUUAAAGGGAAAUGCAUGUGCAGACUUUUGUAUUGCAUUAUAUUCGUAGCCUUUUUGAAAUAUACGGUUAUGGAGUGUCAUGUAUUGGUUAUAUGUAUGUCAAUUCAUUUAUAUGCUUGCAAUGAAAUAAUAGUACUGUUGAUAGCUUUAAACAUUGUUUUAGAUAAAGGACAACAUGGAAUGAUUAUUUUUGUAGUUGUACACUGUAUGUAACUGUAGAUAGCUCAGAGUGAUGAUUUUUUUGAAAUAUUGGAAUUUUUAGUUUGAAGAAUUGGUGCUGGAUCCACUAUAUACAGGAAUACUUGUUCAUUUUCUUUUUGUUCCUUUUUAAUGACUUGUGAUUUUCACAUGUUUGUUAGUCAAAAGUGUUGCUUUUAUAGGUCAAUCCUUUUGUCAGCUCCUAAAAUGGACAACAUUGUUGCUGGAUUGGCUAUGGAGCUGUCAAAUGUUUCAUAAGAUUAGGAAUGGACAAUGAUUUCAUGAUUGUGAGUUGUUCAUCCUAAGAUCCUGUAUAUAAUUUUUGGAGUGUAUUAUUUUAGUCAGGAUCCAAAGAUGUUUUUUUUAAAAGUAUUGUUGAUUAGGUUGUAUAGAAUGAUUUUUUUCUUACUUGUAAAAUAGUUGCUAGAGUGUGAAAAUGCAUUGUUUUUUUCCCAAAUGUGUAUGGCUUUUGGGACAUGCCAGUAAAUGUAUUUUGUUUAAAUUAGUUAUUAGGACGUGGAAACAUUUUGUUCCAUAGAUAUUGAGUAUUUUAAGUUUUUUAUUUUUAUUUUAUUAAGUUUUUUUAUUUUAAGCAGCAGUUUGUCUCGGAUUGUAGUUACUAAAUAUAUGAAAAAGGUUUAUUUUUCCAAAACUAGUUGGAAAAAAGAUUUCCAUAUGAGUUUUCAUUGCAGACAUAAAAUGUAAAACAAAAUAUUUGGUUAAAACAAUUUGAGACAUACUGCUGUGAUUAAUGUUUUGACAAGGGUAUACAAUUAUAUGUAAUUUGAAAGAUGAACUGGACAAAAUGUUUCCAAACUCAAAACUGUGCUGUCAUUCACAAAGUUUUGCAUAAGGGGGUAUCUGGUUAUACCUAUAUGCACCUUAGAACUGCAGGCCAGUGAGGAUGACAUUCUUAUGAAGUAGAACACCCAGCUGGCUAGGUGUUACUGCAAGACUGUAUCAUCAACAUGUACAGUUCCAUUUGGUAACAUAAGAUUUACAGUUUCUAUCUUUAUUCCCUCUCCUAGAAUUCAUACAUUUUGAAAGCCAGAAUUUCAUCAUUCUCCUACUCUGCCAAAGGAAACCCUGAAAUUGAGUUAGACAUCUUAUUUAUUUAGAGUGGCAAAUAACAGUAUGGGCAAUUUUUUCCCUGGUUAAGACAAAAUGGUACGUAAUAUAAAAGUUCAGAUGUACUAUAGGUAGAUAUGGAGCUAUCCACUUUAGUUUUGGGGAGGAAAUGUAGACAAAAAACAUGUCUAAUUUUAUCUAUAACUAAUACUCUUGCAUGUUAAAGGGGAGAUUUUUUUACUUCAGAUACCACUGCAAUUUUGGUGUGGUUUUGUCUGCAUAGGCUGGUCUAUCAUAAUUGUUUUAAGCCUCUGAAGCUGACUGUUUCAUGCAAGUUUUGAGCAGCUGAGCCGUUGAAUGAAUAUUAUUUUCACUGGGCUCCUGAAACCUGUAAGCAAUACAUACCAAACACUUCUGUGACUAGUUCUAACGCACGUUAAUUUUCUUUUUAAACUUAGAGGGGUGGUUUGUACUGUAGUGUGGGUCAUUUCCAGUAUGUCAA